AUGUGGUACCUACUAUUCAAACGAUUAUUUCAACUAACGUUAUUCUUCAUAUGGAUUUUAACAUUAAUUUAUCUUAUAUGUCUUUCAGCUUUUACUUUUGUUAUUUUCAACAUUUGUUUAAUUAUAUUUUUAUUUUGGUUUAUAUUAACAUUAAUCGGAUGGUCAAUUACUUUAAUUCCUAUUCUAAAAUUUGUUUAUGUACCAUGGUAUCAUCGACAAUGUCGUUUAUGGACACAAAAUAAACAACAAAAACGUUACAGUGUUGCUUUUUUUCAUCCCUAUUGUAAAAAUGGUGGUAGUAGUGAACGAGUUUUAUGGAUUGCUAUUGAAUCAAUUCUUAAAAAAUAUAAAAACGACAUUCAAAUCAUUAUUUAUACAGGUGAUAUUGAUAUAACAACAGAAAAAAUUCUUCAAUGUGUUAAAGAACGCUUUGGUAUAGACAUGGAAUUUUAUGAAUCUUCAAUAACAUUUAUUUAUCUUCGAAGUCGAUUUUUAAUUGAAGCAAACUAUUUUAAAAUAUUAACUUCAUUAGGACAAAAUAUUGGUUCAAUUAUUCUAGGUUUUGAAGCAUUCAUACGUUUCAUACCUGAUAUUUAUAUUGAUUCAAUGGGUUAUGCAUUAACUUAUCCAUGUUUUUAUUAUCUUGCUUCAAUUCCAAUUAUUUCCUAUGUUCAUUAUUCAACAAUUAAUAGUAAUAUAUUCGAACAAAUAAAUGAAGAAUAUAAAGCAUAUAAUAAUCAACAAUCUAUUAUAAAGAAUUCUUUAUUAAAUAAAAUAAAAUUAGUUUCCUAUCAAAUAUAUACCUAUGUUUAUGGUUGGUGUGGAAGAUGUUCAAAAAUUGUUUAUUGUAAUUCAUCAUGGACAAAAAAACAUAUUGAAUCUAUAUGGAGAUCAUAUUGUAUUCAUCUUGUUUAUCCUCCAUGUGAUAUUAAACAAUUUUUAGAAAUGUCAUUGAUUAAUAAUGAUGAACAAAUAAUAAAAACAAUUGUUUCAAUUGGACAAUUUCGACGUGAAAAAAAUCAUGAAUUGCAAAUUCGAGCUUUUCAUCAACUUUUACAAAAAAAAUCAGAUUAUCGUCAAAAAUUGAAAUUAACAUUAAUUGGUAAUAUAAGACAUAAUGAAGAUAGAAAAUAUCUAGAACAAUUACAAUUACUUGUUGAUAAUUUAAAUAUUAGUAACAAUGUCAUAUUUAAAUUAGAUAUAAACUUUCAAGAACUAAAAAUUCAAUUUAAUCAAGCAAUAAUUGGUUUACAUACUAUGCAGAAUGAACAUUUUGGACUAGGUAUUGUAGAAAUGAUGGCUGCUGGUGUCAUUGUAGUUGCUCAUAAAUCUGGUGGUCCACAUAUGGAUAUUAUUGAUGAAGGAAAAACAGGAUUUUUCGCUUCGGAUAUUGAUUCAUAUGCAACAAUGAUGGAAACGAUACUUGAAAUGAAAUCUGAUGAACGACGUCAAAUACAAGAACAAGCACGUAACAGUGUUGAUCGAUUUAGUACAUUAAAUUUUGAAAGAUUAUUUAUGGAAUCUUUGGAUAAGAUUUUAUUUUAUUUUAAUAUGGCAUCGAAAGUUAUUGGAAAAUGUGAAAAAAAUUUUAUUAUUCGAUGUUUACGAGAUCGACAAAGACUUGAUCAUCGACUUCCGUUUGUUACUCGUGACAUUAAAAUUGAAUUUCGAGAAGAAUAUGGUUCAGUUGUUGUCUCACUCGGUUUAACCAAAGUAUUGGCACAAACAUCUUGUAAAAUUGUUAAACCAAAAGAAACUCGACCGAAUGAAGGUCGAUUAAGAUUACAGUUAAAAAAUAGUCAUGCAAUGGUGUUUAAUUUUGAAACUGGAAGACAAACACAAUGGACAACACUUAUGAGUCGACAUUUGUUACAAAAUAUUCGUGAUUCUGGUUGUGUUGAUAUGGAAUCAUUAUGUAUUCUUGCUCAUGAAAAUGUUAGAAUAUCAAUUUCAAAUAUUUUCUAUAAUCAUAUGUUGGUUUUUUAUUUGAAGGUUUGGGAAAUUAGUGUAAAUUUACAUGUACUUGAUUAUGAUGGAAAUAUUCUUGAUUGUGCUAAUUUAGCUGCUCUAUGUGCUCUUGCUCAUUUUCGAUAUCCAGCAGUAACAGUCAUUGGAACAGACGUACAUGUGCAUCCAAUUAAUGAACGAAAUCCACAACCUAUUCGUAUUCUUCAUUAUCCAAUAAUGAUUAGUUUUGCUCUAUUCGAAAAUGGAGAAUAUAUGUUAAUUGAUGCAUGUGAAGCUGAAGAAAAAGUAAUGGAAGGUUUAUUCGCUAUUGGUAUGAAUCAACAUAAAGAAUUGAGUACAUUGGCUAUGUUUGGAGAAAUCUGUUUGAGUCGUGAUCAAAUAGAAAAUUGUAUUUCAUUAGCUCAUCAUCUUGUACGUGACAUAACAAAAGAGAUGCGAAGUGUAUUGGAAAAAAAUCGAGAAGAACAAUUAGAGAAAGUUCAAGCGAUAAAUCGUCGUUGA